ACCACAUGUGACUCUCCACUCCCUCGCAAAAAGUCCCAAAACAGAGGCGGCUCCCCUCCUUAUUUACCGUCUCUUCCCCCCACCCCACCGACAGUGAAGGCGGUGCGCCGCCGCCCGCCGGCGACGAUCCAAUGCCCUCCCUCCCCCGCGGCCCGCCGCGAUUCCCCCGCCGCCUCCCUCUCUCGCGCUGCUCGGAUCACUGACCCUCCUCCGUCCUCUCUCCUCUCUCUCUCUCUCUCUCUCUCUUCCUUCCUUCCUUCGAGCCCAAUUGCGCCGCCCCCGGGGAGAGAGAUGGAUUCCGGCGCGUCUUCGAUCGACCAAAUCUCCAAAUCCGCCGCCGAGAUCCUCGCGAAAUGGAAGCAGUACAACGACAAGGUCAACUCGUGCAUCCAGGGCGGCGGCGAUUCCCCAUCUGGGUCCAGCCCGAAAUCCUCGACGUCGUCGCAGCCGCCGCCGCCGCCUCCCCCCCCCCGCCGCCGCGGCCGGCGGGGGGGGCGGCGGCGGUCGCGGUGCCGGUCCAGGUGCCGACCCGGAGGGUGCAUGCGAAAGGGUCGAAGAAAGGCUGCAUGAAGGGCAAAGGGGGGCCGGAGAAUCUGAGGUGCAAUUACAGAGGGGUGAGGCAGAGGACGUGGGGGAAGUGGGUGGCCGAGAUUCGAGAGCCGAGCCGAGGGAGCAGGCUCUGGCUCGGGACGUUCCCGACGGCGCUUGAGGCUGCUCUUGCCUAUGACAAGGCCGCGAGUGCAAUGUAUGGCUCUUUUGCGAGGUUGAAUUUCCCUCUCGGUUUGAGUUCCAAGGACUCCUCCAAGGACUCUUCUUCUUCCACCACUGUUGCUGCUCCUGAGAAAGAUGCUUCAACCUUAAAUGAGCCACUGUCCGCCGAUCUCCAUCUCGGCAGUUUUUCGAUGGUUUUAGUAGAUGAGCGUCCAAAAAAGCAUUCGAAGACCAGUAGUUCCUUAUCACCAGGUGCAAGGUCAUCGCCUCUUAAAGAAAGCGAGUCUUUGGAGUUUGAGCUGUCACUGCGGAGUGGGAAUGGAAUGUCCAGUCCUCGGCAUGAUAUGGAAGAAGAUCUCAAGCAGGAGCCAACUGAAAAUAUACUUCUUGAUCUCUCUAAAUCUGCCAUUUGUGUCGAGGAGGUUUCUGACAAGACUACAGUGGAAAAGGCAGAAGGAUCAGCUGAAAGUUCAGCCACCUCAGAUACUACCUUUGAUUCAUCUAAAUCCGUCGACAUGAUUGCUACCAGCAGCACUGUCACGCUCUCUGAGAGCGAGGACUUGAAAACAUGGCUAUCGAACAUGAGACAACUCAUCAACGGAAAGCCUGUUGAAGUCUCUGCAGAGGCAGAACUUGCCAGUCUCAUCAAAUCUAAUGAUGAGGAGACUCAGAAGGCUAGGACUGUGUUCGAGAGCUUGAAGUCCAUGGAUUUCAAAUCGCUGUCUGACCCCGAUUUCUCAAAUAGAUUAGAGCAAGCGAUCUCUGCUCUUCUGUCCGACAAGAGCCACCCGCCUAACGGAUGCUCAGCUCUCUACAGAAUCUGCAAGCAGAUUUCUUUUCUUUGUUUGGACUUCAAACGUGCACAAACCGAUAUACGGGAAGUCACUGAGAUGUUCGUUUUGAAAGAUUCCCUGCAGGCUGAGCUUGACGAGAAGACCAUUCAUUUCGAAAGGCUACAGAAGAUCGAUACAGAAUGCGACAAGAAGAUCGAGAGCCUCGAAGCCAAGAUCAGCAAGCUGCAAGCCCAGCUGAAGAAGGAGAAGGAAGCGAAAGUGGAAAACUCAUUCGAGAUGAAGAGACUGUACAAGGAGACCGAAGAGAAGGGGGUGCUUUUCAGGCAGUACUUUGAAGAAGAAGCGAAGUGGAGUCUUAAAAAGAGGAAGGCCGAGAGGGACAUUGAGCGGGUGGCGAAGGAUUGGGAAGAGCUGAAGAAAAAAUUUCUGCUGUUCUGACACAGUACUUAAUGCUUUAGUCGCUGUAGUUUCCAGACCUGUUGGGAUUGUAGAAGUCUCAUUUUAUUUUUAAAUUUUUGAACUCUCAAAGACUAACAAUUUGCCUCUGAA